GCAAUUAAUUUCCAUGAUAGCCUCAAUGAUUGCUAUUCUAUACAGAUUAUAGGUAGUCGAUGCGGUGAAAGAACUUAUGAAGUUUUCGUGUUAAAAGUAGUUAUAGGUAAUUCUUUCAUCCACGCGCGUUGCUUGUUUUAAAAUAAUUUUUUUUUUUACAUAUUUAUAUUUAAAAAUUUUACCUACAAAAAUCAUGGUUGUCAACGAAAAUGCUAAAGCGGAAAUAACGCCCAAAAGAAAACAAGGAGACGGACAGUACAUCAAGGAAGGUUCUGACGAAAGUACUUGGUUAAUUUUUGCUCCAAAAGCUGAUGCAGUUGGUAGUUUAGAAACGUGUUUGAAUUUAUUCACGAAACAUGGAGUGUAUUUGAGACACAUCGAAUCCCGAGCAUCUACUAGAGAUUUGAGUAAAUACGAGUUUGUGGUAGAAUGUGCCCCCAGCAAAGGUCUUCACGAAGCUAUUGAAAAUUUAAAACUUAAUGUAACUUAUCUGAACAUAAUUUCUCGCGAUUUCAAUGAAGAAUCAGGAACUUUACCUUGGUUUCCUAGGAAGAUCAAAGAACUGGACAGAUUUGCGAAUCAAAUUUUGAGUUAUGGAUCAGAAUUAGAUUCUGAUCAUCCUGGAUUCACUGAUUCAGUGUACAGAGCUCGAAGGAAAUAUUUCGCAGAUAUUGCUUUCAAUUACAAGCAUGACCAACCGUUACCUCAUGUUGAUUACACCGAUGAAGAAAUCAAAACCUGGGGUGUAGUUUACAAACAAUUAGUAGACCUAUACCCGAAGUACGCCUGUCGUGAAUUUAACCACGUUUUCCCAUUACUUAUUGAAAAUUGCGGUUAUAGAGAAGAUAAUAUACCGCAGCUGCAGGAUAUUUCAAAUUUUCUAAAAGAUAGCACCGGGUUCAUUUUGAGGCCAGUAGCUGGAUUACUAUCCUCUCGAGAUUUUUUGGCUGGUUUAGCAUUCAGGGUGUUUCAUUCGACUCAAUACAUUCGCCAUCACAGUUUACCUCUUUAUACACCAGAACCUGACGUAUGCCAUGAACUCUUGGGACAUGUUCCUUUAUUUGCCGAUCCAGAGUUCGCUGAUUUUUCGCAACAAAUUGGUUUAGCAUCGUUGGGAGCUCCGGAUGAAUACGUACAAAAACUUGCAACAUGUUAUUGGUUUACUGUUGAAUUUGGUCUUUGCCGUCAAGAUGGGCAGAUAAAAGCUUUUGGAGCCGGACUUUUAUCUUCAUUCGGAGAAUUGGAGUAUUGCGUUAGUGAUAAACCUGAGCUUAGACCGUUUGAACCUGAAAAAACUGCAGUUCAAUCGUAUCCAAUAACCGAAUAUCAACCGGUGUAUUAUGUGGCUGAAUCAUUCGAGGAUGCUAAGAAUAAAAUGAUAGAAUUUUCCCAAACGAUACCUCGUGAGUUUACCGUAAGGUACAACCCAUACACUCAAAGCGUGGAAUUAUUGACGUCCAAGUCACAAGUUGAAGGUGUAGUAAAGAAACUUAGCGGCGACAUACUACUUCUUUUAGAAGCUUUAAGAAAAUUAUAAAAAUCUGUUAUUCCAAUUCGUAAACAAUGCAUUCACUAAUUUGGCCAAGUACUACUUACCUAACUUAGGUAAUUAUAUAGAAGUAGGCCCUAAGUGUAACGUAGAUAGUUACUCAACAAUUUCAAAGUUCACUAUAAAUAAGAGGUACCGAUUUUAAAUUAUUCAAGAUUGAUUAAAUUUUGUAAAAAAAAAAAAAAUGAAACUUGUGAGUCGUUGGGUAUUUUUUUACAUAGGUAUUUACAUUACACUUACCUAUACGCGAUAAUUAAGUAGGUAUGUAGUUAAUUGUAUCUAUAUUAAGUGCAUAAUUUAUUUAUUUAAUUUCAAUACAAACUAAACGUUGAAA